AUGGACAGAACUGGAUCUGGGUAUGUUUUGCGCGAGGAAUUUAUCAGGUAUGCCCCCUUCAUCGGACCUGUUGCCGAUGCUGCGGUCGCAGGUAUUGUCUUUGACGAACUUGUUCGGGAGCAGUCGAGACAGUCCGCGGAGAAAGAGGCCAAAGCAGGUGAGCAACCAUGGCAUGGGAAGGAAACCAGAGCGAGCAAGUUUUCAAAUUCUACCAAACGAAAAUGGCAAUCAAUUAAAGAUGACGCUGGGCUGGAGAGUUGCAUUCAACAGCACGGGUUACGCCGCCGACGCCAGCCUCUCCAGUCCGAGAAUAUUACGUCAUCUCAACCAAUGCGCGAUUUUGAUGACAUACAAAACCCUGACGCCGCUCAGACUUCUGAAUCACCAUCGCGAGACUUGUAUCCCCCAUCAGUCGCUCUUCGAUACGAUGCGUGGAGACCUUUUUUCAUUGCCGCUCAAGAUAAAUAUUACUCCCAUGAUGAAGAUUGGGUAUUAGUCAAGCAAGAGCUUGGUAUUGAUCCGUUUGAAGUGCUCAUCAAGUCACAGGGAGCCCUGGACCACAGCGAUGUGUUUCCGACUCUUGGAAAGUUGUAUCUUAGCCAAAGAUAUCUCAUCUUCCAUGCAGCUAUUGGACGCAACCACUACGUUGCAAGGUUAGGUUCCAUGUCGCAAGUAGAGGAUGGUUCGAUACCAUUGAUGAUGCGCGAUUCUUUCAAAGUACAUUUAGAAUCAGAGAUCAAGGCUGCCAUCGAUGGUAUUUCUGCUCUUAAAAAAGAUGAGCCAUCGGGAUCCACUGCCGGCAAAGAUGACCGCUUGCCGUCAAGAGAUGGUGAUGGUUCAAAAGAAACAACAUUAUCAGAACACGUUGGCAAGUUGAUGCGACAAUAUACAGCGGGCAGAAAGCCGUUACAAUUCAGUUUGCUAGAAUUCAGAGAGACUAAGCACAGAGACCAUUGGGUUCACUUGAUCGGUGAAAUGGUUGCUGCGCAUAAGCUCCAUGUUCAGCUCGGCUUUGGUAGUUCUGGCCGCGUAGUUCCAAAGUUGGAGCAGCCGGAGUCCUCGAAUGAUUCGCAACCGACGGUUAAUACUAUGCUUGACAACGAAGAGAAGAUUCGUGAGAUACUGAAGUCGAGGUCUUUAAACUAUACUCGAUCUCCGUUCCGAAACGAGCCUUCUCCGCCCCUCCUUGCGGUGGCGGCGCAUGCCAACAUUGCGAGAUAUCGAGCUUUGAGACUGGUGACCGAUGAGCGUACGUCCAAGUCACUCCUAAUAUUCACAGAUCCAGAGCGCAAUGCAGGUCUUAUAAACUGGUACACCGAGUCAGUUCGGGCUUACAACAACCAAAGCGGUCGGAGUUGGAUUGAAAGGGCUCUUGCGACGAUUCGAGAUAAUAUGGAUUCAAACGACCGGAUGUAUCGUGUUCAAGACGAUGAACCCUUUGAUGUUUCGAGGCUUGGGGAAGCCAUUGGCCGGUUUGCCGAUCUCUGUUCUCCUCUCGCUCGUUUUCUUGAGUUGAUAAGUCACUUAUUCCAGUGGAGAAACCCCCCCGCAACCAUUCUUGCCAUCUUGGUAUGUCUCACCAUCACCGUCAAAGGUUGGAUAAGCUAUGUGCCAGCGUGCAUGCUCUUUUCGCAGGCCUUGUGUAUUGUAGAUGCCAAAUACAACUAUUUUGGACUGGGGAUGGGGCGCACAGAAUCUGAGGAUGCAGAACGUCGACAGGCUAAUGUUUUGAAGCUUGUGGCCCAGGUUCAUGACACCCUUGCGGCGACCCAGAACGUCAUCGGAAGAAUGAACCGAGAACUGGGAAAACUCGAAGCAUUGUACCUCUGGGGAUCCGAGGAGUGGCAUACUUGGGUAGCUGUGGGAUUCUUGUGCUCCCUCGGACUGUUUUUGCUACUAAUACCAUCGCGGCUCUUGUUCCUUCCAUCGUUCUUCUUUCUUUUCUUCAAGCAUUUUCUGCCUCCCACGAAUCCUGCGAUGAAAUUCUGGGAAUCACUACCGAGUCGGGUCCAACCAAAGCAGAAGAAGCGCAGAUCGAAAUUUGCAAUUGAAAAAAGGUCUCGCGUGCGAAAACCAGAGCUAUCGGGAUCUUAACAACGCACCGUGUCUCAUACAGUGAGAUUAUCUGUUAGAAUAGAGUCGACAUACGUGGAACAUGUCGGAAAGUCCUCAUGCCAAAGGCAAGGAGGGUCAUUGAUGCCUUCACUCUGCGUCUGACUUGUAUGUAUAUAGAGUAUACAGUAUAACUGAGUAUACAGUAUAACUGCUAUUAAAUAAAGUUCAACGUCCGCAA